AUGACCCCCACUCCCUCCGAAGCAUCCUCCCCCUCAUGCCCAGCACCUGCCCCCGACGCCAGCCCGUCGCCCCACCUGCGUGGCGCCAUCGCAGAUGCCCUCAGCAACGACAUCAGGCCAUCACCAAUGCGCGCACAAAAGGCUGCCCCCCGUCGGGCUGUAGCAAACUCUUCCCUUCCUGCCAGCCGGCAGGCCAUCUUGGCAUCUGAGGAGGAAAAAGUACACUUUAAACGCGCAGUCGCCUUACAGCCCUUCGUCUUCACCCCGGUCAACCGAGACUUGGCGCCAAGUUCUCGACGCAAACCAGUGCCCUACCCCAAAGCCAAUCCUAUCCGCAUUAGUGUAACUGAUGACUUACUCGCAAAUCCUUUCAUGCCUGCCUCCAAAGUUUUCGCGAUUCACAAGUGGAGGGUCCAAGUCCACUUGCAGGACGACGGUAUCCCCAAGGCCGCACGUCCCAGUAACUGA